AUGAAUAAUGCAAGACGAAUUACCGGUGGUAUUCCGGGUCUUAACGAUGAGAUUCUUGGGGUUAUUUUUUCAAGAUUACCAGUCAAAACUCUGAUGCGAUUGAAGUGCUUAUAUAAGGACUAUUCCAUGCUGAUUUCAAGCCCCUGGUUUAUCAAUCUGUAUAGCAAGAGGUUUAGUUCAAUCCCUGAUAACCAUUGUAUCUUUGUUCAGACUGGGGAGAUAAAUCGUUUGAUCCAUAUACAAAAUCCUGGCAACUUGAUAAAGCUUAAUGAACCCUGUACGACCGAUUAUACUGUCAUAGGUUCAAUCAAUGGCUUGAUCUGUUUAGUUACUACUAUUGCUUCCGGUCGAAUGAUUUGCAUAUGGAACCCUGCCAUAGAGCAGUACAAGAUGUUCCCUGUACACAAUGACGACCCUGAAAAGACACGCAAAUGUUAUAUUGGUAUGGGCUUUGGAUAUGAUAAAGAUUCUGAUGAUUACAAGGUCAUGAGGAUUCUAAGCUAUAAAAAAGGUGGGCCGUUGACUAUACUUGAGAUUUACUCAACCAAUUCGGAGUGUUGGAAAGAAGUGAAGUCUAAUCGUCACUUAAGAAUGAUUAGUGACUUCUGUGAUGUAAUUAUUGAAGGGCUUACUUGCUGGAUUGCACAGGACUUGGAUGGAAAUUUUGUUCUUGCCUCGUUUGUUUGGAGUAUAGAGGAGUUCUUCAUAAUAGCUUUCCCGGAAGAAGUGAUAACUGCAUUUCAAAAUUUUGUGGUCACCAACUAUCAUGGGUCAUUUGCAUUGCUUACAUACUCUUCAUUCACCAAAUUCAAGGGCUGUGUUGAUGUUUGGGAGAUUGAACUUGAUAUCGCUGCAAAGGAGUGUGAAUGGAUAAAGAAGAACACCUUUGACACGGAUUUUAGCCUUUCAAUGCCUUGGGUUCUUACUGGUGGAGAUAUAGUAGUUGAAAAUGCUCCAAACAUGCCCUUCUUGUUCAACCUCACAACAAAACAAAGGUGGGAAAUGAGAAUAAAACCUAUUCGUUCACUUACCAACUAUACUCAGAGCCUUGUAUCAAUUAAGGGGUUCAGGCGUGUUCGCAAUCAACUGAAAAGGAAGAGGAAGGCUUCAAAUCCAGUAAGAGCAAGAUUGAACUGA